AUGAUAAUUAGAAAUUUGUCAGAGCUCCUUGGGAUUGGUAAUUAGUAUAGAUUCCAUAUUUAGAUUAUGUGAAAUGUAUUGUUAAGAAAAAUUUCAUUUACAUAAUCCACAAUAUAUAGGGGUUUGAAUUACAAACUUAUUUUGAUUAUUCUUUGAAAUUGAUUAGUGCUUUUAAUAAGGAAAGCAUCUUGUACAACAUCCAUUGA